AUGUUUCAACGAUUUAUGUGGCUGGAAUUCGACCGAUUUUUCCACCAAAUAUCAAUUUCGAGUGCAAUCCCAUUAAUUCUGAUGGGCGUGGCGUUUGCUGCGACAUUUCUUGCCAUUUUGCUCUCGAUUCCAUUCGCGGCUUUAUCAGUUCCAUGGCUGUACUAUGGGGCCAAAUUGUCCAUUCUUACCGACUCAACCAAUCAGCCAUUGAACAAUCUAUGUUUUGGCGUAUUGAGCUCUCAUGGAACUGCCUCAUCGCUCACCCUUCUGUUGCUCACCGAUCCAUACCGACGAUUUAUCGAAUCUCUACUCAGAAAACUUCCAUAUGGAGAAAAAUUAAUGAAACUGUUCACAAAACAGCAACACGUUGUCUCGGUUUCGAUUACACAG